AUGAAUAAUGAUGGAAAUCAAAGUAGAAUCAUUCUUACUGCAACAGAUUUAUCUUUAAAUAAAUAUCAGUCAAUAUUUUGUUCAAUAAAUUCUAACUCAACUCUUUCUGCUUCUAUAAAACGACUUCAUAUUGAUGGAGCAAGAUCAACUUUUUUCGAUAUCAUAUCUGAAUGGAUUUUUCAAGAAAAUCUUAUUCGUUUUGUUAAUUUGAAAUCACUUAUUUUGACUCGAUGUUAUCUAUCGGAAACUUUAAUUAACAAUUUAUCUUUACUUGUUCAAUAUCAAUUGGAUGAACUAAUUCUGACAAUUGAUAAAGAUUCUUCUAAAAUGUUUGAAAGUCAACAAGAAUCUUGCGUAAAUGAUCUUAAUCAAGGUAAAUUGAAAUUUCUUGUCAAACAGUUCAUUUUAUCAGAAAAAUCUCAGAAAUUAAAUAUUGAGAACAAAUGA